AUGGCCGCCUGCAGGUCACUCGUCCGACAAUGCGCUCGUCAGUUAUGUCGCGCUCCUCGAUUUAGCCGUUCCUCUUGCCAGACUUUUGGUCGCAUCCAAGUCCCUCGCCGCAGAACUUACGUUACCUCCGUCGGCGCCGCGGAGCUCAAAUUUGGACAGCCGUUGCACGAAACACACCCUCAUAUUCUGGAGCCGGGAGAGCUGACACCCGGAGUCACGGCCCUUGAAUAUGCCCUGCGCCGAUCGCGACUCGCCAACAAGCUCCCCGAGGGAGCAGUUGCUAUACUCGCGGCCUCUGAAGUGAAGUACCGCGCGCCUGGUAUCUUUCAUGAAUAUCGCCAGGAGUCCAAUUUCUUCUAUUUGACAGGUUUCAACGAACCGAAUGCACUGGCAGUCAUCUGGAACGAUGGAUCUGGCGACAAUCAUAUUUUCCAUCUUUAUGUCCGGGAAAAGGACCCCAAGGCAGAAUUGUGGGAUGGUGCGCGGUCUGGCACUCAGGCCGCUAUGGACGUUUUUAACGCCGAUGAAACAGGUAACAUUGAAGAUAUUGGGAACAUCCUGCCCAAGAUCAUUGCCAAGGCCACAGAGGUCUACUCCGAUAUCCCCGCCUUCGACGGAUCCAGAUCAACAUUGCACCGAUACCUAUAUGGCCCCACUGUUGCGUCAGAGAAGUUGAAGAAAUUUGUCGACCAUCGCAAAGUUAAACCGUUGAAGCCCCUUCUCAACGAAAUGAGAGUAUUCAAGACCGAGGCGGAAGUUAUGCAUCUGCGCCGGUUAGGCCAAGCUUCAGGGAGGGCCUUUACCGACGCCAUGCGCCAAACAUUUACCAAGGAGAAAGACUUGACCUCAUUCUUGGAGUAUCAAUUCAAAGUGAAUGGCUGUGAUGGUAGUGCUUUUGUUCCCGUUGUUGCGGGUGGCCAGAACGCACUGAGCAUUCAUUACACUAGAAACGACGAUGUCCUAAGAGACGGAGACUUGGUUCUUGUAGAUGGCGGCGGUAAGCAGGAGCUCGGAGGGUAUAUCUCUGAUAUUACAAGGACUUGGCCAGUUAAUGGCAAGUUCUCCGACCCCCAGCGGGAUCUGUAUAACGCCGUGCUGAAUGUGCAUCGAACUUGCCUGGCCCUUUGUCGCGAGGAUGCCAACCUGUCACUCGAUAAGUUGCACAGUAUUGCCGAGAAUGGAUUGAAGGAUCAACUCAAGCAACUUGGCUUUGAUCUUUCUGGAAGCGCAAUGAACGUGUUGUUCCCUCACCACCUUGGCCACUACAUCGGCCUGGAUGUUCACGAUUGUCCUGGGUACUCAAGAGGGUACAACUUGAAGGCUGGCCAAUGUAUCACCAUUGAACCUGGUAUCUACGUUCCUGAUGACGAGCGAUGGCCCGCUCAUUUCCGAGGCAUUGGUAUUCGCAUCGAAGACAGUGUCUGCGUGGGUGAUGAACACCCAAUCGUUUUGUCGCCUGAAGCCGUCAAGGAGGUUGAUGAUAUCGAGGCUCUCCGUAGUUGA